AGUGUGGGCCCGGCAGAGUGUGGGGUGUGAUUAAUAAAAGUAAAACAAGUGAAAUCAUUUAGAAAAACGUUUCAGCUAAAUAGUGUGAUAUUUUGAAUUGAUAUUUAAGAAUGUGAUUAAUGUUAAUUUUCAGUUAUAUUAGAAUGUGACUAUGUGAAGUUAGAGAAACUCUGAAGUGAGCAGUGAACAUCAAGAAAAUCAGUGACAAACAGAGAAAAUGUGAAUUAUACUUAAACAUGCAGUGUAAAAGCUAAAACAAGCCUUUUCAGCCAUGCUGGCUCUAAACCACAACCCUACCUGGGUGGUAACGCCCCUAAUUCUUCUUCUUAUAGGGGUGGGCUGUACAACAAAUAGCAAAGAUGGAGGUCGGAAUAUUGUUGUUGAGUUCUCUGAUCCCCGUGUAGGAGUUCUACUUCAACAACAAGGAGAAGAUGAAGGUCCACAGUUUAAUAACCUAGUUGUAGACAAGAACACUGGCAGGGUGUACAUCGGAGGGAUCAACAAGCUCUACCAGCUCUCUCCCAACCUAGAGCUUAUGGUAUCUGCUGAGACUGGUCCAAGAUAUGAUUCUCCUCUGUGUUCCGUUCUACCAGACUGUCCUCCUUCAAGUGAAAAGAAGCUUACCAACAACUACAACAAGGCCCUGGUCUUAGAUUACUCAGAUUCAAGGAUGGUAGAUUGUGGGUCCCUAUUCCAGGGUAUAUGUACCCUAAGGUCCCUAAGGAACAUCAGUAUAGUUGAAGCACACAUCAAGGAACCUGUUGUGGCUAACAACGCUACUGCGAGUACGGUCGCCUUCAUUGCCCCUGGACCCCCAAACCCACCCAUUACACAGGUCAUGUACGUUGGUGUAACGUAUACUGGGAAUGGACCGUAUAGGAGCGAGGUCCCAGCGGUCAGCUCAAGAUCUUUAGACACUAAUUCUCUGUUCCAGAUUGCACAAACUGCAGUAACUACCGGGACCCGUAUGUUCGUCAACUCCCUGGCCCGGGAGCGGUAUCCCAUCAACUACAUCUACGGGUUCUCUAGCGAGGGGUUCUCCUACUUCCUCACGACACAGAUGCGCCACACCUCCCCCUCCCCCUACCACAGCAAGGUUGUGAGGGUGUGUCAUGACGAUCAGGACUAUUAUUCCUAUACAGAGGUCCCCCUGCAGUGCAUGUCGGAGACAGGAACGGACUAUUCACUCGUCCAGGCAGCCUUUGUCGGCAAGCCUGGGUCUGAUCUGGCUGCAGAGCUGGGGGUAACUGCCCAGGAUGAUGUUCUCUUUGCUGUCUUCAGUACUCCGGACUCUAGCGAAGGAGGAGAUAUAACGAGUAAACCCAGCAGGAAAAGUGCAUUGUGUGUCUACAAUGCGUCAAGGGUUCAUAAUAUGAGAAAAUUUAUGGAAAAUAUCCAGAGAUGUUUUAAAGGAGACGGAGCCCGUGGACUAGAUUUCAUAUCACCAAGGGAACGAGAGCAGUUCUGCGGGUUGGACGUGAAUACUCCCUUGGGAGGAGAACUACCAAUCUCUCAGUCUCCAGUUCUUACUUUCGAUGCGCAUUUAACAGCUGUAACAGCGACCUCUACUGGAGACUUUACAGUGGCGUUUAUCGGAACUAGCGAGGGUAACCUCAAGAAGGCCGUAGUGGAGUCUGCCAACAGUGGAAUAGAGUACUCAGACGUACCUAUUGCUCCAGGAACUGCUGUAAGGUCUGAACUCCUAUUUGACUUGAAGCGGGACCACGUGUACGUUAUGACUGACCGGAAGCUAAGUAAAGUUCGUGUACAGGACUGCCAGCAGUACACAGACUGCAACCAGUGUCUGGGGGCAAAGGAUCCAUAUUGCGGGUGGUGUAGUCUUGAGAACAAGUGCAGUCUGCGCGGGGACUGCAGGGAUGCCGCGUUGGAUCCUUUAUAUUGGAUUUCAUACAAGUCUGGAAGAUGUACCACAAUAACGUCUGUUACUCCCUUUGAACUACAGAGAACAACCGCUAGAACCCUGCAGCUUGUAAUAGAAAACCUACCCAACCUACCUGGUGAAUUCUUCUGUGCUUUCAACGCUGAAGGGAAGAGUCUGACCACCAAGGCGAAUAGAACAACCAAUGGGGUCAGCUGUACAACACCCAGGAAUGACUUGUUGCCCGUAAUACCUACCGGAGAGAGCCAUUUUACAUCACAGUUAGCGGUCAGAGUGGCAGACGGUCCCAACCUGGUCAAUACUAACUUUACCUUCUUUGACUGUAAUUCAUAUUCAUCAUGUACAGCCUGUGUCUCCUCGCCCUUCCCCUGCGACUGGUGUGUCGACGGGCAUCGUUGUACACACGACACUGUGGAGAAUUGUAGAAAUGAUAUCUUAGUCACGGGUUUGAAAAGAAUUGGGCAAAGUCUGCGAAGUGGUCCUGAAUUUUGCCCACGUGUGAACGCAACCUCGCACGGAAGUCCAGAAAUCCUCGUUUCUGCCGGACUCCCUAAGAGCGUUAGAGUGAAGAUUCAUGUACUCAUAUACAGAUGCCAAGAGAUGGCAGGGAAUUGUGGAAUGUGUCUCAGUUUAGAUCCUAAAUAUCAAUGUGGUUGGUGUGAGGCGAGUAAGAAGUGUGAAGUUAAAGAGCAGUGCGGAGGCAAGGAUAAUGUUUCCUGGUUGGACAGAGAUCAAACCUGUCCUGAUCCUCAAAUAUUACAAUUCAGUCCCGAGUAUGGACCCUGGGAGGGAGGAACCAAUAUAACAAUUCAAGGAGUUAAUCUUGGCAAGAGUUUUGAAGAUAUUGCCCGCGGUGUGACUGUGGCAGGGAUGGCUUGUGAUCCCUACCAGGACCUAUACGAGAGAACAGAGAAAAUUGUUUGCAAGGUUGAUGGGCCAGGAACUAGGGAACCUAAGAGUGGUCCCAUUAUUAUCAAAAUCAAGAAUUUCCGCGGCGAAUCUAAAGAAAAUUACAAGUUUAUUGACCCAGUUAUCACAGACAUAGAACCCCGCCACGGACCACAGGCCGGCGGAACUAAGAUUAAAAUCAAGGGCGAAUAUUUAAACGCCGGUAGUCAUGUUGAGGCGUAUAUCGGCGAUCUUGAAUGCCGGAUAAUCAAGACGAGGCGGAAGGUGGCGUUGUGUGUGACGAGUAAAUCGCCACGACUUCAAAAACUCGAUGUUAAAAUGCAUUUCGACCACGGGAAAGCACGAGUGCUCGAGAGGAAAAGAUUCGAGUAUGUUGCUGAUCCUACCAUCGAGUUCUCCUUCUCAGGUACACUAAUCAUAAUAGUUGCCUCGAACACCCUGAUGUAUUGUCAGUCCCCUGCUGUUGAUACAAUAUCUUCUGGAAGCUGGGUAAAUAGUAAGAACCCCGACCCACUCCGCCUUGACUACGGGUUCAUCAUGGAUAACGUAGAGAGGGUUCAAAACCUCUCUCAGCACAACAAGGAUUCACCUAAGGUUUAUAUGUUUCCUGAUCCUGAAUUCUCUCGGUUCCCAGACCCUGACGGGAUCAAGAUCUAUAAGUCAGACUAUCUUACUCUGGACGGGACUAAUCUGAACAGAGCUGCCAAGGAAACUGAUUUCCGAGUACAGAUCGGUACAGAGCUGUGUAACGUGACAAGUGUGAGUUUGAACCAGCUGACCUGCAAGCCGCCAGACCACCAACCCCCGGCAAUGCUCGGAGAAGGAAAAAGUGAUCAGAACCAGCUUCCCAGUGUGGUUGUUAUGAUUGGAGAGAAGUUACAGUUCACGGUAGGAAAGCUUGAUUACAAUGAGUUAGAGGCCGCCUUCACUAAACCAAUUCUGAUUGCUGUCUGUAUCAGUGUGAUUCUUCUCAUUGUCUUCGUCAUUUUUAUCCUGAUCGCAUACAGGAGGAAGAGCACUGAGAGUACACGGGAGCUGAAGAACAUGCAGGAUCAGAUGGACUCCUUGGAGCUUAAGGUCGCAAACGAGUGCAAGGAAGCGUUUGCCGAACUGCAGACUGAGAUAACGGAGAUAGGUUGUGAGGUUCAAACAGCCGGGAUACCGUUCCUAGACUAUAGAAGCUACUGCAUCAAGAUUCUUUUCCCUGGCAUAGAGGAGCACAGUGUUCUACAGUGGGAGCGACCUGAUCUUCUAAGGAAGGAGAAAGGAUUGAGAAUGUUUGGUGCUCUAGUAAUGAACAAAACCUUCCUUCUCCUGUUUAUCAGGACCCUGGAGAAGAACCGGUAUUUCUCGAUGCGGGAUAGAGUGAACGUAGCUAGCUUGAUCAUGGUGACCCUGCAGGGUCGGAUGGAGUACUGCACAGAUAUUCUCAAAACUCUUCUAGCCGACCUUAUCGAACGCUGCAUGGAAGGAAAAUCUCACCCCAAGCUCCUUCUUCGUCGGACGGAGAGCGUUGCUGAGAAGAUGUUAAGCGCUUGGUUCACAUUUCUGUUGUACAAGUUCCUGCACGAGUGUGCCGGGGAGCCCUUGUACAUGCUCUACCAAGCUAUUAAACAUCAGGUCGGUAAAGGACCUGUAGAUUAUGUUACACACGAGGCAAGAUAUUCACUCUCAGAGGAGAAACUAAUCAGACAACAGGUUGACUAUCGUGCGAUGACGGUAUUUGUGUCGAUGUCCCCGCAGACUAUCUACAUGUCAGGGUUGGAUCCCCAGGCAGAUAAUAUGGAUAUUCCUGUCAGGGUUCUAGACUGCGAUACCAUCACUCAGGUUAAAGAUAAAAGUCUGGACACCAUAUAUCGAGCCCUGAGCCAAUCUCAGAGACCUAAACAUUCAGAUUUAGAUCUUGAAUGGAGAACAGGACAAUCAGGACGAUUAAUCUUGUAUGACGAGGACAGUACAACUAAGACGGAGGGAGAUUGGAAGAGGAUCAAUACACUCAAUCAUUACAGAGUACCUGAGGGGGCGCUCUUAACCUUAAUCCCUAAACAGUCUUCAAUGUACAAUAUUAGCACGAUGUCGGAUAAAUCUGAUCGGAAGCUUUACCACGCUUACGAAACUCUAAAUAUGUCCAAGAUGAGCGGUGGCGGUCAUUCUCCGCCGUUAUCACGCGCAACAUCGCCGCUAAACCAUGAUUAUGAGUCAGAGAAAAAUGGCAGGCUCAGCCAGAAAAAGGGUUGGAAAAAGGACGGGAAGAAACCACUUUUAGAAGGAAUAAAAAUGUGGCAUCUUGUGCGCCAUGAUUCCGACAACACGAAGGAUGAGAGGAGUAACAAGAUGGUAUCGGAGAUAUAUCUGACCCGUCUUCUCGCUACCAAGGGAACCAUGCAGAAGUUUGUAGAUGAUCUUUUCGAGACAAUAUUCAGCACAGCACACAGGGGCUCCGCUCUACCACUAGCUAUAAAGUAUCUGUUUGAUUUUCUGGACGACCAAGCACUUCAGCACGGUAUAACUGAACCGGAAGUAGUGCACACGUGGAAAUCAAACUCACUUCCGCUCAGGUUCUGGGUGAAUUUGAUUAAGAAUCCUGAUUUUGUGUUUGAUCUCGGUAAAUCUAAUAUUGUGGACUCAUGCCUCAGUGUAGUUGCACAAACCUUCAUGGAUGCUUGCAGUACAUCAGAUCAUCAGCUGGGGAAAGACAGUCCAAGCAGUAAACUGUUGUAUGCUAAAGAUAUUCCUAUUUAUAAGGAUUGGGUCACAAGAUACUACCAGGAUAUUAAGUGUAUGCCCGUGAUAAGUGAUCAGGACAUGAACGCAAUGCUGGCAGAGGAGAGUAGACUGCACAGCAACGAGUUUAACCUCAACUCUGCUCUAUACGAACUAUACUCGUACGCUGUUAAGUACAAUGAACAGCUGUUGGUGACACUUGAGGAAGAUGAGUUCAGCUGUAAGCUCCGACUUGCAUAUAAGCUGGAACAGGUGCACAAUAUAAUGCAGGAUGGACAGUAAUUAUUCCUGCAAUCUUGUGAAACAGCUGCCAGCCGCCAUCUUGCAGACAUUUCUUUUCCCGCCAAAAUGGGAAAAGUAGAUUUGCGGAUUUUCACCUCCAGCCAAUCAAAGAUUUCAGUGAUUACAAGUGCUAGUAUUCCAAUUUGUUAAAUCGUAUUUAUAUCUGUCGUUAAUCUAGCAUUUUUCAAUGAGGCUUAAUUACCAGCUUUACUUUUAAGAAUUGACCUAGAGGACUUAUUUUUGCCAAAUAUUGCAUAUCAUUCCCUAAAAAGGGCCAGGCCUUAUUAAGGCUGAGUCCUCAAUCCAACUGCCUAUAUAUACUCUAAACUGCCUGUGGUGCCAAGGCAACGUUGAUAAACAAUUAAGCAAUACCUAGUGACUUGUUAAUCUCGAUAUAAGCUGGUGAAAGAAAUCUAAGAACCGUUUUAGUGACAAUUGACAACGUUGUGAAAAUUACCGAAUACAAGUUGGUUGUCUCGGACCAGGAAAAUUCUUGCAGAUUUUUUUACUUAUUGAAGUUUUUUUUGUAUCAUUUCAACUAAUUUUGUGUUGAAACGGGUAGAUGUGUUUGCAGACCAUCUUCUGGUCUAGAGUUCCCGUAAUAUUUGUAGAAUCUCGGAAAUUGUGAAUAUUAGGUAGAAUUCAACUUGAUUCAAAUUUUAAUUAUGAACCAAAGAAAAUAUUUUUUUCUCAUAUAUUUAGACAUGUGGGGAAUACUUAGCAGUUUUGUCGAGACGUUUUGAAAACAAAAUAAACUGAAUUUUUUAAAAACUUUUUCUCAAUCUGUUUCGGCGCUCUUUGGUUGUUUCUGAAGUCAUAUCCUAUUAAUAGGAAAACCACGGCAUUUCUUUUGUAUUAUUUGUUAAUAUAUAACCUUAAAUAUUAUAACUAAUAAAUAUUGUUCAAAUUAAA